UGUCACCAUCAGUCAAACAGAUGUUUGUUUGUUCUUUCUAGUACUUGACUCCCAUGUCAUAUAGUACUAGAUGCCUCCAACUGUUGGAGAAGUGCAAGAACCUAAAGCACCUCCACCAAGCUCAUGCCCAAGUAUACACUUGUGGCCUUGCCCACAACACCUUUGCCUUAAGCAGACUCUUAGCCUUCUGCUCAGACCCACAUCAUGGAAGCCUCUCCUAUGCCUCAAAACUCUUCCAACACAUUCCCCAACCCACCCUUUGCAUCUACAACACAAUGUUAAAAGCUCUCCUGCUCAGAAAUGAACUCACCCAAACCCUAAAUGUGUUCACCCAGAUGUUACAAAAUGGGACCUACCCUGACAAUUAUACCCUCCCUUAUGUUCUAAAGGCCUCUGCUAGGCUUCAAGGCUAUACUCUUGGAGAGUUGGUUCAUGGGUUUAGCUUGAAAUUGGGUUUUGAGUCUGAUAUCUAUGUGGGCAACUCUCUGAUUGUUAUGUACUGUGCAUUUGAUAAUAUGAAAGGUGCACGCUGCGUGUUCGACGAAAUGCCUAGGCUAAGUGCUGUGUCAUGGACGGUCAUGAUUUCUGGGUAUGCAAAGGUGGGUGAUGUGGACACUGCUAGAGUGUUCUUUGAUGAGGCUCCUGUGAGAGAUAGAGGAAUAUGGGGUGCCAUGAUUUCUGGGUAUGUGCAAAACAAUUGCUUUAAAGAAGGUCUGUAUUUGUUCCGGUUGAUGCAGGUUGCUGAUGUAGAGCCUGAUGAGGCUGUUUUUGUCAGUGUUCUAUGUGCUUGUGCUCAUUUGGGAGAUUUGGAUAUUGGGAUUUGGAUUCACUCGUAUUUGAAUCGGCUCGGGUUGCCAUCGAGUGUUAGACUCGGCACUGGUCUUAUUGACAUGUAUGCGAAAUGUGGGAAAUUGGACUUAGCUAGAGGAGUGUUUUAUGAGAUUCCGCAGAGGGAUACGGUUUGCUGGAAUGCUAUGAUAUCAGGAAUGGCAAUGCAUGGGGAUGGAGAAGGUGCACUCAAGCUGUUUAGAGAGAUGGAGGCAGCUCAGGUCAGGCCGGAUGAUAUCACCUUCAUUGCUGUGUUUACUGCUUGUAGUUAUGCAGGAAUGGCAUAUGAAGGCAUGAGGGUGUUGGAUAAAAUGUGUAAUGUAUACAAUAUUAGGCCGAAAAGUGAACAUUAUGGCUGCAUUGUUGACCUUCUAAGUCGUGCUGGUCUCUUUGAAGAAGCAAGGGAAAUAAUCGAAAGAAUACCCAGUUCAAGUAACCCUUCUGAAGAAACAGUAGCUUGGAGAGCUUUUCUCAGCGCUUGUUGCAAUCAUGGACAGUCUCAACUAGCUGAGAUUGCUGCAGAGAAACUCUUUCAGCUAGAACGUCACAGUGGCGUGUAUGUCUUGCUCUCAAAUUUAUAUGCAGCUGCCGGAAAGCAUGGUGAUGCCAGGAGAAUGAGAAGUUUGAUGAGAAAUAUAGGAGUAGAUAAGGCCCCGGGUUGCAGUUCGGUCGAGAUUGAUAGAGCUGUUUAUGAAUUCAUUGCAGGGGAGAAAACACACCCUCAAAUGGAAGAAAUUCAGUUAGUUUUGCAAACUAUAAUGAAGCAAAUGGAUUUUUCAGGCAGUGAUUAUCCAUAUUUGUUUCUGGUUAACAAGAAAUGAUAUAAAUCGAUUUUGAAUUGUUGGCCGCUGAA